AUGAUCUACAACAACAAUACAAUCAGCAAUACGGGGAAAGAUUCAGCUUACGAAUGCACUUACAGCAGCCCUGAGGCCACUCCAGCUUCUGCCAGGGGCCUGAACUGGCCAUCGGCAACCACAGGGAAGCAUGAAGAUGGCUCUGAAGCAAUUGAUGAUCUAGCCCUAGGUGUUCAACUCAGUACAGGAUGCCAAUCCCUCAUUGUACUGGAAGUUCUGCAGAUAGCGUGCACACGGGCUGACAGAGGGACCCUGAGAAGCUGUUUUCCAACAGCCUGUGUGAAGACAGGGGAGAUGACCCAAGAGGACUCCAUUCUGCUUCACUUGCAGAGUUUACAGCUGCCCUUUCCCGCCACCUGGAAGUAUGGGAUUUUGGCAUUAGCCAUCCUCCUGGUUUUGGUGGCUCUAACCAUUUUAACCUGCCAAAUGCGCUACUGCCAGAAACUGAGAAAACUUGGGAGAAAGAAGAAAUACCUCAGUGAAGCCUGUAAGGACACAAAGGCAGAGAAUGGUAUCCUGGGGAAUAAACUGCGACCAGCUCUCCUUGACAUUGCUAAGCAGAGCCUUCCUGAUGUCAAGAUCCAGAAGCUCCAAGAGGAACUGGACAAGCUGGGUACAUGCCUUUCCCCCUCCUGCACCAGCAGCAAGAACCUGGAGAGCAUGGGCAGCAAUGCAGAAUUCCUGGAGAGCUCCCAGGGCAGGCUGAGAUUCUCCCUCUUCUAUCACAGGGAGCGACUUGAGCUGCUCUUGACGGUCAUUGCAGUGACAGGCCUGCCCAGUCGAGGGUGUGCUGACUCCGCUGUUCGGGUCCGGCUGCUGAGGCAGGUCCCAUCUCACAUCUCUGGCCUCCAGUGCAUGGUCCACGAGUGGCAAACACAGGUGGUGAAGAACUGCAGGAAACCUGCCUUUGGUGACCAGUUUGUCUGCUCCUUGCAGGAGACUGAGUUGGAGAAGAGCACUGUGAAGCUGGAGGUUAAACACUUCAACAAGUAUUCCAGACAUACCGUGCUGGGGGAAGUGAGGCUAACCCUCAGCAAGCUAAAGGCCUCCCAACCUAUGGAGUUCUGCGAGGCACUACAGAAGACUACAAAGGACCUUGUUGGAGAAGUCCUUGUGUCACUGAAGUGUCUCCCCAUCUCUCAGAAGAUAGAAAUUGGGCUGCUCAAGGUCAAAACUACCUCCGUAUGCAGCAGUCCAGAGAAGAAUGUAUAUGCGAGAAUAAACAUCUCCUGCAAUCUCCACAAACAGAAGCACCAGAAAUCCAGCCCCAGGGCCCAAACCUCAGUCAUGAUCUUCAACGAGACUUUCCUCUUCCAUCUUGCUGAGCCUGUUGCUGGGGCCUACACAGUCCUGGUUUCUGUUUAUGAAAUGAGCUCCAGAGCCAGAGGCCGCAGCAGGCAGCUCAUUGGACAGGCUGUCCUGGGGAAGAGGAGCCCCAGCGAAGCCAAUGACCACUGGGCCCUCAUGAUGCAGUCUGUCCAGCAGCCUGUGGCUAAGUGGCAUCCUCUGCUACUUUAGAAGGAGGAUUUUGCACCACUUCCAUGAUGUAGAAACUGGCCAGAUUUUCUCCAUGGCAUCGGGCCCAACAGCGGUCGAAGUGGGUACCUUCCAGAGAUGGGUAAUAGCCUGAAGUUCCUGGUUAGAACAGCACUAACUGAAGUAACUGUGCUACUUGUAACAAAAGUUGCUGAUACAUUCACUUCCCUCCCUCGCUGCUGCUGUGAGAGAGAGUGACUUUCCAUCCCUGCCAAGUCCCACUGUGAUUUGAUUAACAAUACCAUUGCCACAGCACCGAGAGGCUGCAACUGAGACCAGGGCCCCACUGCACUAGGUGCUAUGUACACACAUACACACACACACACGCCCUGAGGAGUUUACAAUCUGAACAGACAAGGGAAGCAAUGGGUGGGAAGAAAGGAGUAUUAUUAUCCCCAUUUGACAAAUGGGGAAUUGAGGUAUACCUAGAUUAAGUGACAUGUCCAAGGGUACACAGGGACUCUGUGACAGAGCGGGAAUUUGAACCCAACAUCUCCUGAGACCCAGUCCAGUGCCUCAAUCAUCCUUCCUCUCCUUCCCCUUUCUUUGCCUGGGAUGUGGCACUUUCCCAGCUUUGGGAUCUCCCACAUGGGAAGCAGCUGGGCUUAUCUGAGAGAAGGCACCCAGGCCUUGCCACCAGUGCCUCCCUUCACUUACACGCAUGUAGAUUGCCUGUGGGAUGGAUGAAUACAAGACCUUGGCAUCCCAGGCUGUCAGACACUUUCCUUCAGUGAUACUGGCAUGUUAAAAACAAACACCCUCUGUGUAAAUGCAGCCCCCUCUCACCUGCUGAAGAUAAAUGAAACAGACCAGACCUUGUAAACAAGAGCAGAGCCUGCUGAAGUAGGAGCAACCUGCACACUUUGUCCUUGCUGCCAUUUCAGGAAAGGUCUGUUCCCUGGGGCCACCACCACAGCUGGAGAGCUGCCUGCUGCUAAAUUUGGAUGAAUGGUUGUGAUCCAUCUCCAGCAAAUGUGUGUGUGUGUUCAGUGCUCUCCUGAAGUGGCUAGGAGGCAUGGUGUUGCAUCUAAAGCUCAUUAAUGCUUGUAAACUGUUUCCUUCUCAGGAUAUCACCACUUCCCUGCACCGCAUGUUGUGGUGGAAGUGGCCACUGUUCUGGGACUUCAGGCUUCUGCUUAAUUUAGUCUCCCAGCAAACAGCACCCCCUGGUAGAGACAUGGCAGCACAACCUCACCUUGUAUGGCUUUUGAAAUGGAUCAGACCCAACAUCCAUCCAUUUAGUCCUGUAUCUGGCCUCUGACAGUGGCCAGCACCAGCUAUUUCAGUGGAAGCUGUAAGAACCCUGCAGUGAGCAGAUGUGGGAGAAUCUGACCCCCACAUUAGGUCUCACCUGGAUCUCUAUCAGUUAGAAAAUGGUUUAAGCCCUGAUGCAUGAGGCUCCAUAGCCUUUCCAAAAUUUGUUGUCAUUAAUGAUAAGAAUUCUGGAUAUUCUUGAUCGUGAUAUUCUUAAACGUGUCUUAUCCCGUUUUGAAUCUUGGUAUGUUCUUGCCUCAGUGAUGUCCCGUGGCAGUGAGUUCCACAGUUAUAAAAAAAGUAUUUCCUUUUAUUGGUUUUGAAUUUCCCACCUUUUAAUUUCAUUGCAUGUCCUCUGGUUCUUGUAUGAUGAGACAGGGAGAACAGACGCUCCAAAUCUGUCUUCUCUGUCUCAUUAAUUAUUUUAUAUACUUUUAUCAUGUCCCCUCUUACUCAUCUCCUUCCUAAAGUGAACAAUCCCACUCUUCAAUCUCUCUCCAUAGGACAAUCUCUCCAGGCUCUUCAUUGAACCUUCAUUGAACCUAGAUCUGCACCAUCCUUUUGAGAUGGUGUGACCAGUACUCCACACAGUAUCCAGAUAAGGUCACACCAUUGCUUUAUAUGAGGGCAUUAGAAUAUUCUCUGUAUUAUUCACCAUCCCAUUCCUUAUACAGCUUAACAUUGUGUUAGCUUUUGGGACUGUAGCUUCACAUUGAGCAGAGGUUUUCAUUGAGUUCUCUAUAUGGACACCAAGGUCCCUUUUCGAGCUGACACAGUUAAAUUAGAAUCCUGCAAGGUCCACAAGCAGUUGAAACUUUCCCUUCCAAGGUGCAUUACUUUGCAUUGAUCAACACUGAAUUUCAUUUGCCCUCAUGCUGCUCAUUCUCCUGGCUUGGUUAGGUCCCUCUGAAGUUCCUCUCAAUCCUCUCUGGUCCUGACGAGCAAAAUGUUGCUACCACACUACUUGCCCACCUACCCCCAUCUUUCCAGAUCAUUAAAUACACUAAACACAGGACCUAGUAUGGAAAUUUACAGCCCCCACUUUUGAAAUGAUGAACAUUAAUCAUUUAAUCCUACUCUUUGCUUUCCAUCUCCUAGCCAGUUUUUGAUCCAUGACAAUACAGUUUGCUUCUCACCCCUAUGACUACUUAGCUUCGUUAGUAGCCUCUUGCACAGGAUCUUGUCAAAGGCCUUUUGAAAGUUACCACAUGUAUACCAUGCUCCCGUGGAGGUAAGAGCCAGCAGAACGGCUCAGUCCUCUGUCCUCUACCAUCUAAUCUAGGGGGCAGUAUUCUGCCACCAGCUCCCAGCCCACUCGCUGCUUGCUCUCCGCUCAGAUGCCAGCUGUGAUGCUGGUGAAUAUGGGCACUGAUCUGCUAGGGACUCUUUCCCAAAAGGCAAGGGAAGGGUGACUGGAUUGGCAUAUGGAGCAAACAUAUCAGCAUGUCACUGACUGAGCUUGCUCCAUAGACAUUACCCGGUUCCGACAAGUACUGUAACCUCCAGGCUAUUCACCCUGAUGGGAUGGUGACACAGGCCCAUCAGCCUGGAAGCUAUUUCAGGAGCACUUCAGCACACUCCAAGCCCUGCUACAAGAUGCCUGAAGCUCCAGCAUAAUCAGGACUGGUCCAUGGACAUCAGUUCCAGUGCUGAACCUAGUUAUUUGAGCAACAGGAAAACAAGAGUGACUACAUUACAUUAACACCACCACCUGGCACCAUAUAGCCACAACCUAUAAAAACCUUAUGCCCACAACUCCCCACCAGGAGAAGUGCUAGCCUGGGAACCCCUGGCACCAAAGACCUCAGCACAGCCUGUGGUACUGUCACAGUGGGUCAGAUACUCAGUACUAUCCCAGGGGGAGAACGGUCAGUUACAGGGAAAGCUCUCAGUGUUCUGGGCUCCUUUCAAAUGGAAAUGCUGGGCUGCUCUGGGACGGGAAAAAGGUAAAAUCCGUUAGCAGCUCUGACUCAUGGAUUUGCUACAGCUGGCAGCUGUCACCUAAGUCACAAUGUUUGUUUAAUUAUACCUAACGGAGUCUGCAGUUCAGGCAGCACAAUGGCAUCAGAUGGUGUCGGUGGGUAGGAUUGCUCCCGCAGCGUUCCCAGCUGGUGUUUCUCCACCCUGCCAGGAGCAGGAGUAGUAGAACAGCCAGCACAGCCAUAGUCACUGCUGUGGAGCACAAUACUUGAGUAGGGGACACUUCCCAGAGAGCGAGCGCUCUCACCUCCAGCUUAACAGUCACUGGCAGUGAAGAAUGAAAGAAUGAGCUUCAGCCGUAGCAUGUUUCACUUCAGACUGCAGCUCAAGGUGACAUCCCUGCGCUAGCUCUGAUCAAGCUGCCUCACUAAAAAUAGACAGGUUUCAGAGUAGCAGCCAUGUUAGUUUGUAUUCGCAAAAAGAA